UCUAACCUCUUGCAGCCCAAGUUUUUCCUCGCACCUGUUGACUUGACCUUCCACUACAUUUCCACAGAGGGAAUCUUCAGCUUCUACACUUCAAGUGGAGCUGUCAGGCUCGUUCAUUGAUAAGGUGACGCGCCUUUAUCUUCAGGCAUGAGUGACUGGCGCUAAUGAGUUGUUCUCGGAUGACACGCCGCAGACGCCCGUAUCUCGAGCGCGGCUUUCUUCCCCCCCCCCCACCCAAUCGCAUGAACUCCGGCGCUAAGGAACCACGGCAGCACCUUCUCUGCCGCUGUAGCUCCUGUGGAGAGUCCGCGGCCGCAGCGGAUGGAGAAAGGCUGUUUUCCUGCUCUUUGCUAGGAGGAUUAUACACUGUGGAAUGAUCUCAGGAUGAAUGUUUGAACGUCUUCAGCCUGAAGAGCGUCUUAGGAUAUGGUUGUUUUUUGGAUGUAACCUUCGCGAAGAUGGAAUUUGACGGCCCUCUCUCUGCACAGGAGCAGAUGUUCAUACUGUAUGAAAUGAAACAGCAGUGCUACCACAACAUCUCCAGCAUGGAUACGGGGACCAUAGAUGGGGUCUGUCCUCCGAGCUGGGACGGUCUUAUUUGCUGGCCCCAGGGUUCACCAGGAGUGGUUAGCAAGGUUCCCUGCCCACCGUACGUCUACGACUUUAAUCACAAAGGUCAUGCCUAUAGGAUGUGUGAUGUCAAUGGCACCUGGGAGUUUGUGGAGUACUGGAAUAUGACUCUGACAAACUAUUCCGAGUGCCUACCUUUUCUGACGCCCAGUGAUGAAGAGGAGAGGCAAGUUUUCUUUGACCGGCUCUACAUCAUGUACACCAUCGGCUACGCUGUGUCUUUCAGCUCUCUCCUGGUGGCCAUCUUCAUCAUUGCAUACUUUCGACGUCUGCACUGCACCAGGAACUACAUCCACAUGCAUCUCUUCAUGUCCUUCAUCUUACGAGCAGUUAGUAUUUUUGUGAAGGACAAAGUGGUCCACUCCAGCGCUGGACUUAAGGAUUUUGACUCCACUAUGUUGGACAACUUAAAAUCAGACACCAUGGCCCCAUCGGACAACUCUCAGUAUAUCGGCUGCAGGGUGACUGUGCUGCUCUUCAUCUAUUUUUUGGCUACCAAUUACUACUGGAUCCUAGUUGAAGGUCUUUACCUCCACAGCCUUAUCUUCAUGGCCUUUCGGUCGGACUCCAAAUACCUCUGGGGAUUUAUACUCAUUGGAUGGGGAAUCCCAGCGCUGUUUGUUGCAGUGUGGGGGAUCUUCAGGAUGAUGCUGGCGGAUGCGAGGUGCUGGGAGCUCAGUGCUGGGAACAUCAAGUGGAUCUACCAGGUUCCCAUUCUGACCGCCAUUGGGUUGAACUUCAUCCUGUUUGUGAACAUUGUUAGAGUGCUGGCGACCAAAAUUCGUGAAACGAAUGCUGGAAGAUAUGACACCAGGAAACAGUACAGGAAACUGGCCAAGUCCACCCUGGUGCUGGUUCUGGUGUUCGGCAUCCACUACAUCAUCUUUGUGGGUCUGCCGCAUACAUCUGUGGGCUCCAGCUGGGAGGUCCGCAUGUACUGUGAGCUGUUCUUAAACUCUUUCCAGGGCUUCUUUGUGUCCAUCGUAUACUGCUUCUGUAACGGUGAGGUCCAGUCUGAGAUAAAGAAGACUUGGACUCGCUGGAAUUUAACCUAUGGUUGGCAGGGUCCUGUAAUGUGUGGCCGUUAUAGAUACGGUUCCGUGGUUGUCACCCUCAACCACAACAAUAGCAGCAGUCACUCCAACUUGCCAGGCGUGGGACCCUCCAUGCGCUCCACAAGUGUGGUUUCCAGUCGUGCUUCACAGAGCACCGGCCCUCCAAUGAUCAGCAUGCAUGCCGCACUCCCAGGAUUCGUGAUCAGUCACUCCGACCCUUCCCUGCCAGAGGAGCUUGAGGACAGCGGUCCCAAGCAGGUGGAUGAUAUCUCACUGAAGGAGAAUCUUCCUGCUCUGAGAAGGAGUGCAGCUGCAGAGGAAGAGGAUGAAACACAGUAGCAGCGCAGUACCAACUGAUGAAUGGUAACUCUAACCAUGCGGACUAGUGCUGAUCCCUGUUUCACUAUGACUUUGAAGAACGCAGUGGGAAUAAAAUGCCCCUUGAAAACAGCAGGAAGAGAUCUUAUAUAUGUGAAAUGAUUUCUCUACAUUUAUAGGUAUGUGUGUGAGUAAUGCAUGGUUGGGCUCGGAUGAGCAUGAAAAAAAAGAGAGAAAACAGAGAUUGGAAGAGGAAGGAUUUCAGUAUCUUAUGCUUUUUCUUGAUGUUCGUCUGAGGGCAGUUAUCAUGUUUAAAUUAAGGACAAAUUACCAGGAUUUUCUUAACUUGAUGCAAGGUCUGGACACCUGGCGUUUCUUGUGCUGCUCAGGCCCAGAAGUGCAAAUCAUUUAGCAUGUGGAUGAAGAUGAAGAUGAUGGUGAAAGU